CUUGCUGGGAGUCAUACACAGAAGGCAGAAGACGAAGAAAAAUGACUGACAGCGAACCCGAACCAUCUUUAUUUUCUUCACAUAAACUCGAGGAUGCUCAUCAUAGACUAGUAUACCCAAGUUCAGAGCCACGUCUCUUUUUCCCACCGAAGUUUGCGGCGCAAAGUUCAUUUAGAACACCAUCGACGCUCGCGCAUUUAUUACUGGCUUGUUGGUUGGCGUUUCUUCUUGUGGGUGGAAUAUCAGGGUCUAGGAUAGGGAGAGGUUCUGACAACGUCACCGGACAAAGAUUCGCAAAUCAACCCUCGCCUCAGACUGCCGUGAUCGGAUCUACAGUUGUGUUACCAUGUCGCGUUAUCAACAUGAUCGGCGAGCUGCAGUGGACUAGAGAUGACUUCGGCCUCGGAAAUGAAAGAGAACUUACCGCAUUCAAGAGAUACAAAAUGAUCGGAUCCCAUGAGGAGGGUGACUACAGUCUGCGCAUCAGCCCAGUUACCCUUGAAGACGACGCUGAGUUUCAGUGCCAAGUGACCGGGGUCGGGGAUGUGGCGGGCGUGAGAUCGCAGUCCGCUAAACUCACGGUCUACGUGCCGCCUGAGCGACCUGAGAUCAGCCAAGGCGCCGUGGUGACCUCGACUGCUGGCGCUGGGGUGCAGAUUGACUGUGUGUCGAGGGGAGGAAAGCCUGCAGCUGAGAUCCAAUGGUUGGAUGGCGCUGGACGGGAGUUCAGGGAUGGCGUGGAGUACACGACCGACUUGCUGGAGGACAACCACAGGCAGGACGCCAAGAGUUCCCUCAGCUUCGUGGCUACCAAGGAGCACCACAACGCUAUUGUUACCUGCACUGCCAGCAACCCGGCCAUCAACCAGCCUCUCAGCACCCAGGUUCGCAUGGAAGUUUCCUAUCCUCCUGAAGUGACCAUCACGCACUCGAGCUCGGGCUACAAGGAAGGCGACACUGCCACUCUCAACUGUCAGGCUUCCGCCAAUCCUGCUCUACUAACUUUCAGGUGGUACCGCGGAGAUAAGCUGGUAUCUAACCAGAACUCAACUCAACUGGUAAUUGAAAACGUGUCUCGGAAAAAUAACAUCGAAGAUAUAACAUGCGAAGUAUCCAACGAGGUCGGGUCUUCUCGGAAAAUAUCAAGACUUUCUGUACAUUACGGCCCGAGCUUUGUCAGCGACCCAGAAGAUGCUUUUGCGGAUCUCGGAGAAAACGUGACACUGAACUGCGAGGUGGAUUCGAACCCCGAAGCAACGAUCGUUUGGGUAGGGCAGCAGAAGCAGACAGUCGCUGGCCGAGGUGCUGCUCUCAGGCUGGAAGCUUCUGCAGAGACCAUCGGCAAUUAUCUCUGCAUCGCUAAAGUUGAAGGCUUCCCAGAAAUAUCAGGAACCGUUGGCCUUUUCUUGAAGGGUCCCCCGGGGGUGCGAGCUGAACCCCUGCAGUGGGGGGCAACAGGGGAUACUGUCACCGUGGACUGCUAUGUCACCUCCGCGUCUCCGCGUUCCGUUACCGUCUCCUGGUCUAAGUUCGGCUCCAAAGUUGAUCUCGUGCCUGGCCGAUACGAGGAGCUGGAAGAGGUCACAGCGCUCGGUCUCCGGCAUUCGCUCAUCAUCCGCAACGCCAAGGCCGAGGACUUCGGAACCUACAACUGUUCAGUUCAGAACGCCUUCGGCUCCGGCACUAUCGAAAUUGUGCUCGACAAAAGAAAAGGAAUGCCGAUUCUCCUGAUAAUCGGCGGUGCGGUGCUCGGCAUCGUGUUCAUCAUGGCCAUCGCCAUCGGCAUCAUAAUCUACGGACGAGCAUCGGCGGCUAAACAGAACGCCGCCAAAAGUAACGGAGGCCUCCCUGAAAAAACGGUCUCGUUGCAAAUCGGUGAUCACAGCAGCAACGGAAACGACUCGGAUUUUAAGGUUGAACUGGAGAACCGCACCGGGUCCUCGCUGAGCAACUGCAAAGACACGGCCGACUUGGAGCGCUGGGACAAAGACGCUGUCAGCAACGCCGGCAGCGCGACGCUGACGGGGGGCAACGGCUCUGUCAACGGGCGCCACCUGCCCCCCAUUGUGUCAUCCCCCAAUAAUGCCCCCACUCCUCCCUCUUAUCACCUCACCACCUCAUCCCCUUCUUAUCUCUACCCUGAAGGCUACCCCAGGAUACCGCUAAAGCAAAACGGGCACGUUCUGAGCAACGGCGGUGCUCUUUCCUACGCAAACUACGCAGAUCACAACAGUCUUGGUGGCCAGAAGCAUGGCGUCAUUACCAGCGGCUUCUCCUCGGUCGGGCUUGGCGGAGCUUUUUCUAAUGCAGGUCCUACUUAUUCCCAAGGACCUUUGGUCACUUCAAGCCAACAAAAUCUAUUCCCAAGUUACGCAGACUACGACAUUUCUAGGGACAACAUCGACGGAUCACCUUCUUUUACUCACUCAUAUCCCAACGGAUACAAUAACCAGUCUCUGGGAUGUUCUACUUUGCCUUUGGGUUUACAUUUGACGUCCCGGAACAACAUGAACAACGGCAACAACGUGCCACCAGUACCAAAUCCUCCGACCUCCGCGUCGAUAAGCGAGCACGUAAAUUCUACUUGUUCGCCUUCCUCUGCCACCAUACCGAGGCUGGGGAUCCCGGUUGACCCGAGCCAGUACAUCAUGCCGCCGCGCACGCAGGUAAUGCAGGGGGCUCUCGCAACACACGUCUAGUCUCAAUUUUAGAGUUGCAUCUCAAGUUGCGCUGGCCGUCUCCGACGCGCUCGUUGUGAGGUGAAAAGAAAGUAAUAGCUUGUUUGUUAGUAUAUAUAAGUGCGCCGUGGUGAUGCCGGCGUAUAACUUGAGCAUUUCGUCGGCCCGCUGCUGGCCGAUACGAGCUCUGCUCGGGGCUUUGUGAGGCUCAGUGAAUCAGGAUCCUGCUAGCUCGGCCUGAUGUGAUGGAUAGGUAAUACGCGUAGUAUUAAGGUUAAAUUCAUGCCAAAUCCGUUACUAUCAGGAAUUAUUUAUCAACAAAACGUCCAUGAUGGAUAAUUUUUUCCCAUUUUUUUUGCCUUAACAAAUGGUUGUAUCUGCAACUGAACGUAUUAAGCACAGCAAAUAGAUUGGUAGAGAAAUAUAUUUAUCUAAAUUACUAUUUCUGAUAUAGCGUCUGCCGCGGCCCAAUAGAUUUUAUUACUGAAAUAUUUAUUGCCCCUCUGAAUUGCUGCUACGGUUUUACUUCUUUCUAUUCGAUUUUUAAAGCAAGAUGCCGUUCUGUAACAUAGCGUUUAUAUAAAUUUAUUUUAAUUCGCGAAGCCUGCUUACGUUACAUCUCUUGGAUCUCAUUACUGCUUAACUCGUGACCGAUUCCAACAUAUGACAUUUUGAGGUCCCUAAUUUAAUCGAAGUUUACAUUAUUUCUUUCAUUUCAUUAAAAAUGUACUAACUUUUUCCGACUUAGAAGUUUUACACAAAUGAACUUUUACCUUAGUUUUCAGUUUACUCUAGCAGAAACAUGACAAUCUUUUGUGUAUAUCGUAAUUAAUUGGAAUACAAUCUUUUAUGUGCAUUUCAAUUAAUUGGAAUAGAUUGCGCAGCACAAGCGAGCGGACUUGUAUUCUUUGAUGCCUACGUCAGUAUUAAAACUUUGGGUUCUAAACUUGGCGCGAAUUGUUUGUUCUCGACUUGGCUCUCGUGCGCAUCGUUUACGGUUGGUAUUUACAACGACUCCGUGUUUGCUCAUUAGUCUUUAUGUGAAAUUUUCAGUAUUGAUUAUUAUUGAUCAAAUAAUUUUAGUAUAGAAUAAACCCGUUGUGUUGAUUCGUUGCUUUACAUUGGCCGGCACAUUAUUUGCAGGUCUUUCGAUAACUAAUCGAGGCGAAAUGCCUGUUUUCAAUGCCAAGUUUUUAAUUUAAAAUUCAACCUUCGCCUGAAAUUUUUAUUUGCCGGUCGCGGAAUAUGACUUCUGAAAAUUCAUCGGAUCAAUGACUGAGUUAUUGAACUAAAAGCAAAUGUAGGUAUGUUCAUGCAGUGUUGGAAAAAUUAUUGUCGUAUAUGUUCCGUUUUUGGGAAUGCGAAGUGAGAAAUCUUCCAAGCAAUAACAGACGGCUGUUUUUGUUCUAUUUUUCUCGUCUGGUCCAAUACCUAUGCUCUGUAAGUACCUAAAUCAACGUGUUAUGUUUCUAUGUACUUUUUAAAAAAGGAAUCCUAUGGUUUCCUCUCCAUCCAUAUCAAUGUAGAAUUACUUGAAAUAUCGUUGUACUGUACAUACGCAUUUACUCAGAAUUCGAAGUGUCAAAUAUUUUUACUGUAUCGAAAAUGUAAAAUUAAAUAAAUAUUCUGCUGUGAGGAGUGCGAUGCUCGAGGGAUAGCUGGGAUUUUCUCGUCCAUUUAUUCGUCAUUAAAGAGAGACGUUACUCUGUUUUUAUGUCUGGUUGAACGAUUGUCAUUUGCCGUUUUCAUUUACAAUAAAACUAAAAGUUGUUAAUUCUUUUUUAUUUUACGAAAAGUAUCAAAUAUUCAUUCUCAUUCAUCUUUUCAUAGUCUCUGAGUCAAUAAUGUUUUCUACCGACUACUCAAUGAAAAAGUGAAAACAGUUAUUAUUUACUUAUAUAAAUUUAAAAUUUCUGGAAUUAUAUUUAAUUGUAUUUAAAAUUAUGCCGGGAAUUCUCUCUAGAACUGCGCUCUAUUGUGUCAUAAGACGCGUAGGUGCAAAGUGUGCAGGUCGCAUCCGGCUGAUUCAUUUCUUCAUAUCAGUGUCAAUACUCAUAUCAUUAUUUGUACAUAUCAAAUGUUUGUAAUUUUUGUACAUAGCAUCACAGUUGCAGUAAAUAUAUUUUAGCA